UCAUGACGCAGAGCCUAGCUACCGCGCAGGUUCCGGGCAGAGUCCGUUAUGGCCGCUGUCGCCCUGAGGAAGAUGAGUGGGGCUGUGCGCGCGAAGCUGCCGCCCAGACCGGGCGCCCAGGCCCCCGCGGGUUUGGAGCGGCCGCUGGUCCUGACGCUCCUGCUUGCGUGCGCCACAGUGUCCAGUGCUCUACCACUGGCUGAUUCACUGAACCAGACUGCGCUCCUGGAUGUUUCUACUCCAAAUAUGAGUGCUGUUUUAAAACCUGAACAAACCGAACCUUCUAUUUCCCAAAUCAGCACCACUCUCCCUCCCACAACUAGUACAGAGAAAAGUGGAAGGGCGUCUGUCCCCCCUCAUCCUUCACCUACUGCUACUCUGUCCCAAGAGGAAGCUGAUAACAAUGAAGAUCCUAGCAUAGAAGAGGAGGAUCUUCUCACACUGAAUAGUUCUCCAUCCACCGCCAAAGAUACUCUGGACAAUGGAGAGUACGGAGAACCAGACUAUGACUGGACCACCAACCCCAGGGAUGAUGAGUCCAGCGAGACGUUGGAAGAAAACAGGGGCUACAUGGAAAUUGAACAGUCAGUGAGAUCUUUUAAGACCCCAUCCUCAAAUAUAGAAGAGGAAGAUAGCCAUUUCUUUUUUCAUCUUAUUAUUUUUGCUUUUUGCAUUGCUGUUGUUUAUAUUACAUAUCACAACAAAAGGAAGAUUUUCCUUCUGGUUCAAAGCAGGAAAUGGCGUGAUGGUCUUUGUUCCAAAACGGUGGAAUAUCAUCGUCUAGACCAGAAUGUUAACGAGGCAAUGCCUUCUCUGAAGAUUACCAAUGAUUAUAUUUUUUAAAGCAGUAUGAUUUGAGUUUGCUUAUUAUGUAAUAUUAUUUGCUUGACUUUUUAUAUGAUAUCGUGAAGAUUUUUGCCAUAGGCAAUUGAUAUUUAAAUGAGAGGUGGGUCUCUCUUUAUUUUGCCUUGGUGCUUUGGAAAUUAAAUAUCACAAACGAGUAUAUAAUUUUUUUACACUUUCAGAGGUGAAUUCAGUCAGGUGUCUAAAAUGUGGAGCUAAGCAUUACCCUUUAUUGUUUUAGAUUUCUUUCUUGUACUUCUGGAAGUAUUAGUGAUGCUACUUUUAAAAAAGAUCCAAAACUUGUAACUAAAUUCUAACAUAUCCAGUACUAUUGAUUCAGAUUCUCUUCCUGCCCUCCAAAUACUCCUUUAAAAGCACAUUUCUUUGUGCUCCCAAACUGUAAUUUACAAGGAUGUAUGUAAUAAUACAUACAUAGGUUUGCAUAUAGGUAACAUUUUUCUUCUCCAGGAAAAUUGUUUUGGAUAAUUUAAACAUAAUUUAAGAUAAUAAUAUUACUCAAUAUGACCACAAUUUUAGCUCAGUUAAUAAAUGUUUCUAGAAAUUCUGGCAGUAGAGAUGCUGCAGUUUGCAGUGGAUUUUGGUAACAUGUUAUAGAGAUACCAUUUUUUGGUUAGAAUUACUGAAUUAAAUUUAGAGGUAGAAAUUGUGGUAAAAUAAUAAAUACAUGUACAAUUGCUUUUAGUUAGCAAUUGAUUAUAGCACGGGUUCCUCCAAGCUUUCAAGCAGGGGGCAGAGUUUAAAAUUAUAUCAGAU